ACCGCCAGUGCCGAACCGCCGAAAAGGAGCCACCAAAAAUGCUGCUCAAAAUCUGUUUACUGGGCCUAGGACUGGCCAUGCUGGCGACAUACCAUCCCGCCGCAGCUGAAGCUGUAGCUGCAGCUGCAGAGCCACAGCCACUGACAGCCACUCCAGAAGAGACAUUGGCCAGCGUGCCGUUUGAGACGUCGCACAAGCACCCGGAGGCGGCGGCCCACAGCGAGGAGGGCUUCCACACGGCGCACCGGAUCAGCGUGCGGGCCACCGACGCUGCCGACUACUCGAUGAAUCUGCUGCCCACCAAAGAGCGGCCCGAGCUCAAUCCCGUGCUCAGCGCCCUCAUCAACGAGGAUGUGAUGAAGAGCAUCGAGGCGAAACGGGCCAUCGAGGAGGAGGAGCUGGCCGAGGUGAGGCGCGAGAUCGAGGAGGCUGCGCUGGCCGAGCUGGCCCAGCGGGCCACAGAGGCGCCAGUUCCACAGCUGACCACGCUGCCCGCGGCCACCAAGAAGAUCGACAACCUGGACGAGGACGUGGUGGUGGAUCCGCACGACGAGUUCGUCAACCAGAACUUUGCGCUGGAGAGCGCCGGCAGCGAGAACAGCAAGAAGUCCCGCAUCGAGAUCAAGAAGGGGCCCAACGGCCAGGACUACGAGUACGAGUACGUCUACUACUAUGAGGACGAUGCCGAUGAUGCCGCCGCCGCCCCGGCCAAGGCCGCCGUGGCGGAUGCCGCCGGCGACGCGGAGACGCGCGGCAAGACACGCUACACGAACAUCGAGCGCAGCACCCCGGCCAGUCCCAGCGAGAACAGUCUGCAGAGCGGCAAGGCGAAGGGCCGCUCGUCGUCGUCCGUCAGCGAUGGCGCCGAGGACAUCGAGCUGGAGCGGCUGCCGGUGAACACGCGCUUCCCCAGUCGCGGCAAGAACAUCGAGGUGCCUCCGACGCCCGCCCUGGACUCGCUGGAGACGGCCGCCGAGCGGAAGAAGAUCAGCGUGAAGCGGCCCAGCCUCGAGCUGGUCGACAGCGAGACCUUCAACACGGACGAGAAGCAGCAGAAGGGCUCCCGCAACGGCGACAACGAGCUGAAGCCGGUGAUUGCCGUCGAGCAGGAGCAGGCCGCCGCCGCAGCAGCCAAGGAGCGGGAGCUCCAGAAGCAGGAGGAGCAGAAGAAGAAGCAGCAGCAGGAGGAGCAGCAGCAGCAGGCCCAGGACGAUCUGACGGGCAUUACCGAUGAGGCCGAGCAGACGACACCCUCCAUGGAGAAGGCGGCCCUCGACCUGUACGCCAUCCUGACCAACGAGAACCUCAACAACGAGCAGACCACCUCCGCGGACGGGGCGCUGGAAGAUGCCACCACCCUCAGCCCGGACACGGCCAGCACCGACGAGGACGACGCCAGCCUGACGACUCUCCAGGAGGAGCUCUCCUCCAGCAGCAGCAGCACCACCACGAGCACCACCACCACCACCACGGAGGCACCCACCACCACCAGCACCACGACGACGACAACGACGGCGGCGCCCUCACUAUUCGGCGGUCGUCGCUCCGGACUGAACGGCCUGGCCGGACGGAAUCGCUUCAAGUUGCGCGAGGGCGGAGCCGCAGCAGCGGGAGCGGGAGCCAGCAGCACGACCAGCACCACCGAGGCGCCAGCCACGGAGGCCACCAAAACGGGCAGAAAUCGCUUCUCGCGUCCCUCGAUCGGCGGUCGUUCCCGUCCCGGGGCCCGCACCACUGCCACACCCGAGUCCAGCCCUGCCCCUGCCCCUGGUGCCGAGGAGGAGGUCGUGGUCGCCAAGGAGGUGAAGCCCGUCAGCUCAGGAUUCGCACGCGGCAGACCCCGCAAUCGCUUCAACCUGCGCGGAUCCACCACCAGCACCACCACGGAGAGGUCCGCCGAAGAGGCAGCCGAUGCAUCCGCCUCUCCGGAUGCUGUGGCCUCCACCACAGCCCGCAGCGCGCUGCGCGGACGUCCUGGCAUUGGACUGCGAGGACGCAGCCGCACCACCACCACCAAGGCGCCCGCAGCCGAGGGAUCCAGCGCCGAUGAGGCCACCAGCUCCGAGGAAGGCAAGGCCGCCGCAGCCCCCGCCCCGGCUGCCGCUCCGGCGGAGGGUGUGCGCCCGUCGCGCUUCAAUCUGCAUCGUGCCGGAGGCAACCGCCUGCUGCCACGCGGCAAGCUGGGCAGGGCCGGAGUGAGCACGGAGGCGCCCAAGGCUGAGGCGGCGGCCGAGGAUUCGGCGGCGGACAGCACCAGCCACCACAACGAUGUGAAGGGGGCCGUGGAGGCCGCCGAGGGCGCCGAGAAGACUGAGGGCGGCGAUGCCGCCGGAGCCCCAGCAGGGCCCGUGUCCGGCUUCAAUCGCCUCAAGAACCGGCCGCGCCUCAACGCUCUGCACAAGACUGAUGCGGCCAAGCCGAAGGCAGCCGCAGGCGCAGCCACCUCCCCGGCAGCGCUGGCGCCGCGCAAAAUCAACCCGCUGCUAGCCAAGCGUCGUCUGCAACUGGGCGGUGCGGCUGCGGCAGCGGCUACCUCGACCACAGAACUGCCCGCUGAUGAGGAGCACGCAUCGCCGGACGGAGACUCGUCCGGAGAGCACGCGGCCAAGGAGGAGGCGAACGCCGGCUCCGAAGAGUCCGGCUCGGACAGUGCCGCCAAGGAACAGGACACAACAGAGGCCGCCGAGACCACUACCAAGCAGCAGGCCCGAGGCUUGGGCCUGCUUGGCCAGCGCCGUCGCCUGCCGCUGCGCAAGCCCGGCACAAUUCUGUAAGACGGGACAGGAUGCGACGACGACGACGACGACUAGCCCUUAAAGCCUGAGUGCAACCAGCGGCACAAUCUCUGCCCUGGCAGGGCUCAGUGUCUGCCUCCUUUUCCAACCACUCGCCUCUGUAUCCCAUUAAACACUUUACGAGUCCUGGAGUCCUGAAUAGAAUACUCGUCCUACUGCUGGGUGGUUUCAUGCGCGACAUAUGUAUAACUCUGACGAUUACGAUAUGUUCACAUUAAGUUUCUCCUCCUCCCGCCCAAACCCCCCCCACGUCAUCGGCCCUUGUCCGUUCCACGAACGCAAUUAGCUUUGUACACAUUACACUAAUUACUAUAUUUGUACUUAUAAAUACGGAGAUACUAUUUAAGAUCCUUCGCGAAGUCACCAAACGAGAGAGAGAGAGAGAGAGAAAAGAAAGAAAGAGCGAGAGAGUGCGAAAGAGAAGCGAAAGGAAUGAAGGAAGAAAGGAAGGAAGGAACGAGGAGAAGAUCUAAGCCACUUGUAGACCACUAAGCCGAUAAUGUAACUGCGAUGCGAGCCGCCGGUCCACCCCCUCCCCAAAAUGCUAUAGCCGUCGCAUCGGAUAUGCCCCGCAUGGCAGCUACAUUAUCUAUUCUAUUUUUUUUGAGAUACAUUUAUAAAGAAACGACUUUUAAUUAUAUAUUAAAUAAAAACAAAAAACGUAA